GGUCAAACAGCUUUGCAUGGUGCCUUUUUGUGGCGCCAAGUUGAUGUAGUGAUAGAAUUAAAACAAAAUUGGCGGGCGAAGGACGAUGCUGGAUUUAUCGCAAUGUUAAAUCGUAUCCGGCUGGGAAAAGUCAGGAGAGUUGCCCUGGAUCAGAACCAUCCUGGUGAUUAUGAUGUAUUAAAAAUGCGAUUACUCAGCGAGAUCAAAUCAAAAUCGUUGGAACAAUUCAAAGGCUUUGAAGAUGCGCCUAUUAUCGUGACCCGCAAGUAUCUCAGAGACGCUAUUAAUGAGACGAAGGCGCGAACAUUUGCUACAAGAAUAGGUCAGCAAUAUCAUGUAUACCUUGCAAGAGAUAGGAUUGGAGGAAAAUCGCUUGAUAUUGAUCAGCAACGUCGGCUAUGGAAAUUACAAACGACAAAUACAAAUGAUUCACUUGGUAGACUUCCCCUCAUUCCAGGCAUGCCGAUUAUGAUCACAGAGAACGCUGCUACAAGCUGCAAAAUUGUCAAUGGAAGCAGAGGUAUAUUGCAGUCAAUCACGUAUGAGGUUGAUGAAUAUGAUAAUCGAUUUCCUGUGUGUGCCCUUGUUAAAAUACAAGAUAGUACAUUACAUAUUCCGGGCUUGGAAAACAGUGUCGUUCCAAUUUUGCCCAUCACAAGCAGUUUCUCGUUUCCUACGGCUGAGAAAAACGUCAAUGUACGGCGCAUUCAGUUACCAAUCUUACCAGGCUGGGCGUUUACUGAUUUUAAAGUGCAAGGAAGCUAUUUGCCGAAAGUCAUCGUGGAUUUGACAGGUGCUAGAUCGCUUCAAAGCAUAUAUGUCAUGCUGUCGCGGGCUUCGAAAUUAAAUAAUAUCGCUAUACUGCGCUGGUUCUCCUCUCGAACUCUGCACGGGGACUUACAAGGGGACGCACGCCAGGAACUGCAGCGGCUUCAACGUGUGGAGGCGACAACACGUGCACAAUACCUACUAGAACAU